CUCAUAACGCAAUCGAGUAUUCAAAGGUAAACACGAAAAUACAAUGCAGACCACUGCAGUGACGAUAAUUGCACUCGUAAUUUGCGUUGGGUAUGGCCACAAUGCUGAGACGGAAGAUGAAGUGUCGAACUUCUCCAAAGAACUUUCGAAACUGGCGAAGACCGGGGAAUUUUCUCCGGAAUUGGAAGCCAUGAUUGACGAACUGGCAUUCCCGAAAAAUUGGUACUUAGACCCACACGCUACCAUCGAUCAUGCGAGCUUACGAACAAACUGCAAAGCCUGCAAGGCCUUCGCAAGAAGUUUCAUAGAAUUAAGACGAGGUGGAACACCCCAGGAGGACAUCCUCGAGGCGCUCACUAAAUCAUGCGUUCGGGUGAACCUACAGACUGAGACUGUUUGUCGAGGAUUCAUAGAAUUGAACCAGCCAGUCUUCUCCUGGAUUCUCGAUCAUGACCCGACGGUCACCGAGGACGACUUCUGCGCCCUUCCUCUUCAGAACUCUGACUGCGGCCCUCCGCCAGGGAGGUUCGAGUGGACCGUCGACCUCGAUCAGAACCCACCGAAGUUGAUCGACGCAACACCAUCAGAGGAGCAUUUCAAAAUUGUCCACCUGUCGGAUAUUCAUUACGAUCCGCUGUACGAACCCUUCGGAAAUGCGGUCUGCGAUCAGCCCAAUUGCUGCAAAAAGGGACAGGGACCCUCUGCUGACGGGGUGGAACCUGCUGGCUACUGGGGGGACUAUCGCUCCUGCGAUACUCCCUGGCAUGCGGUUCUCGAUGCUUUCACUCACGUAAACAUCACUCAUCCGGACGCUGAAUUCAUUUAUUACACUGGCGACAUCGUGGAUCAUGGGGGAUGGGAAACAACGCGAGAGGGAAACGAGCAGAGUAUGCUGGAUGUCUUUGAAGCCAUGAAGAAGACGUUUGGAGGAACCCCGGUGUUUCCUGUCGUUGGCAACCACGAGGCCAAUCCUCUGAAUAUAUUUGCUCCUUCAACUGUUGACGAUGAGGGAAUGUCAACGAAAUGGCUCUACCAGUUGUUAGCAGAUAUCUGGAUUGAUUCUGGGUGGCUCCCGGAGUCCACCAGAGGCACAAUCCUCGAGGGUGGAUUCUACACAGUCUCGCCCAGAAAAGGCUUUCGGAUCAUUGCACUCAACAAUAACGUGGGCUACACAAAUAAUUGGUGGCUCAUCUACGAGCCCAACGACCUAGGAGGCCAACUGAAAUGGCUGGUGGAGACACUCCUCAAUGCUGAGGAAAACGCUGAAUUCGUCCACAUCCUGAGCCACGUACCCUCGGGCAACCCGGACCAACAGAACACCUGGAGUCGAGAAUAUCGAAGGAUCGUCAACCGAUUUUCCCACAUAAUCGCUGGGCAAUUCAACGGUCACACUCACAGGGACGAGUUCAAUAUUUUCUACGACCCCCACGACUACUCCAAGGUAGUCAGCGUGGCCUGGAACGGCGGCAGCCUGACGACGUGGGUUUUUGUCAAUCCAAAUUACAGGACAUGCACAGUCAACAGCAAGACUUAUGAAGUGGAAGACCUAGACAAUUGGAUGUAUGACAUGACAGAAGCUAAUUUAACCCCUGGAAAGCCUCCGGAUUGGGUGAAAUCCUAUUCCUUCAAAGAUGAAUAUGGCCUCAAAGAUUUGUCGAAGAACAGUAUUCGUGAUUUAGUCGUUGAACUGGCGAAGGAAGGCUCUAAGGCGUCGACUUAUAACAGCCACGCGUCCAAAGACGCUAAAAUCGACUGGAAACCUUCGGGUUGUGAUCAGGAAUGCGCUCUUGAGAAUGCCUGCAAGAUCGUCACCAGUGUUAACAACAACAAUACGGAUUGUAAUUACCUCAAAGGACUGAAUUCGGAAAUAAAGAGUAGAUAAUUAUUCAACUUCAA